ACAGCAAAUAAUCAUGAUCUACUUCACCAUGUCCCUCUUCUUACUUCUCUCAACUUCUUUAUGGGCUUUCUUUUUUCUCUAUCUCUGCAUCUUUAAACUCUCCUGCUUCUCUAGAAAGCGCUUUUAUUAUUCUCCUCCUUCUUACCCUUUCAUUGGUUGCUUGAUUUCUUUUUACAAAAACCGGCGCCGGCUUCUGGCCUGGUACACCGAUCUGUUGUCCGACUCGCCGACUCAGACCAUUGUAAUGCAGCGGCUCGGUUCGAGGCGGACCAUCGUGACGGCUAACCCAGCGAAUGUGGAGCACAUGUUGAAGACCAAUUUCCUUAAUUACCCUAAAGGGAAGCCGUUUACUGAUAUACUCGGCGAUCUACUCGGUUGUGGCAUUUUUAACGUGGACGGCGAUUUGUGGUCUAGCCAACGGAAGCUCGCCAGUCAUGCAUUUUCCGCUAAGUCUUUAAGGGAGUUUGUGGUUAAGACGCUUGAAGAUGAAGUUCAUCUCCGUUUGAUUCCGUUGCUUCAAAACGCUGCUCAGACUAACGCCGUCCUUGAUUUGCAAGAUGUUUUGGGAAGACUCGCUUUUGACACCGUUUGUAAGGUGACGCUAGGAACGGACGAGCAAUGCUUGGACAUGUCGCGCCCAAUUCCAGAAAUAGUAAAUGCAUUCGACACGGCAACGGGGGUCAGCGCAAAGCGGGCAAUAGCGCCACUUUUUCUCACGUGGAAGGCCAAGCGCAUGCUUAACCUGGGCUCCGAAAAGAAGCUCAAAGAAGCAGUUCAAAUGGUCCACAAAUGGGUCUCCAAUAUCAUUCGCAACAAGAACCUCAAUAACAACAAUAAUACCCUUCCUAAUCAUAACCAAACACACAACAACGAUUUGUUAUCCCGCCUCCAAUCAGCUGGCCACGACGAGGAAGUCGUCAGAGACAUGAUCAUUAGCUUCAUAAUGGCCGGUCGCGACACCACCUCCGCCGCCAUGACAUGGCUCUUCUGGUUGCUUACAAAGCACCCGGAAGUCGAAGAGGCCAUAAUCAACGAAGCCAGUUCAUUGUCCGACGAUUUGAAAUCCACGUCUUUGGGUUAUGGUUACGAAGAAUUGAAGGAUAUGAAGUAUUUGAAAGCGUGUCUGUGUGAGUCCAUGCGGCUUUACCCGCCAGUGGCUUGGGAUUCGAAACACGCGGCAGCACCGGACAUUCUCCCGGACGGAACUCCGGUGAGGAAAGGGGACAGAGUCACGUAUUUUCCAUACGGAAUGGGGAGGAUGGAGGAGCUGUGGGGGAAAGACCGGCUUGAGUUCAAACCGGACCGGUGGUACCAAAACGGGGAGUUGAAAACGGUCAGUCCGUUCAAGUUCCCGGUCUUUCAAGCCGGUCCGAGGAUGUGCUUGGGAAUGGAAAUGGCGUUCAUUCAGAUGAAAUACGUGGUGGCCACGGUUUUGAAACGGUUUGAAUUUAGACCGGCGAGUGAAAAUGUGCCGGUUUUUGUCCCAUUGUUGACAGCGCAUAUGGCGGGUGGACUACAGGUUUAUGUUAGGGAAAGGACAGAACAAAAGUCAACCAUAUGGUGAGGAUUAAAGUCAUGUGUUUUUCCGGUUGGUAAUAAUUGGUGCAUCCCGCCGCAAAGGCAACAUAUAAAAUUAUUAUUAUUAUUAUGUUAUUAAAUGUAUAAAUGGUAACAUUGUUAAAGUAGUUAAAUGUUAUAUAUUUUCCAAAUUCCAAUCCAAGGCGUCGGUUGGUUCUCUGUUUUUCUUUCGCCAAUUUAACGGCAAAAAGUAAUUUCCUCGGUCAAAAUUUGACUGCUUUAUUAUUUGGUCAAUAAAAC